CGUAUAAGUAGAAGAGAUAGUGUGCGUCAGUUGUAAUCGUCGCUCGCUCAAUACUCUUAUGCCGAUCGCAGAAAGGAUAACAAUUCGCCUGUCCCAGGGAGCACGUUCAUACAUUUAUAUCGAUGGACGUUACCACAAAAAAUUAAAAGUUACAGUUCCUAUGACUAGACUUUGUAAAACAAUCGUUAGGAUUCAAAGGCACUGUAAUAUGGAUCUCUCCCAGAUUCGAAUUUACCGUUGACUUUUUCUACGCUCAUGUGCCGCUACACUAGGAUUAAGAUUAAUUCCACUAUGUAUUUUAGAAUGAAUUCAUCCUCGAAUUUCAUUCGUCAAACGAAAGAAAAGGAAAAGCGUUGUUUGAAGCUGUCGGUGGCCGGUAAAAGGAAUUGAUCGCUUCCGUUUGCGUGUAAGGAUUCGGUAGAAUGCAAUUUGUAAAUAAAGGAACAAAGACCCAUCCGUGGAUGGUUUAUCACGGUGAUCGUAAUCGUGGAUGUUUGUUGUAGAUGAGCCAGGAGAAGGCGGCAUUCUUCAAAAGCGAUGGACGAACAUCGUGGACCUCCCAAUCCGUCAGGUGAGCUACCUAACCGGCAGGUAGUGACGGACAGGAUAUCCAUAUCGUAAACGAGUCGUACAGACGUUGAACAUCUUGUAAAAUUUUCGAGAUAAAGCGUCUCUUUUUUUUUUAUUGCCACCAUUGAUGCAUCUGAAACCCGGAAUUGCAACUGUGAGAUGUAGUAUCGGUAACUUUUCUGUUGUUUAAUUAGACAUAAGGCGUAAUAAAGCUAUAAAACGAUUAUAAAUAGGAAUUAGUAACGCAGAAAUGCGUCAUACUGGACGUUUUAGCAAAUACUUAAUUAUUUACAAAUUUUUUAGUCUUUCCAGAUAUUACGUUUGAAAAUAAUUCUUGGGAUCCUGGACUGAAAAUGGAAGAUUUCUUCUCUAAUUUUUGGUAUGAUUAUUUUACCCAUAGUAAUUGGUCUUGUGCGUUCUAAUUUUAAGGAAUAUCGAAAUUAUUCGCCGCUUCUUUAGCGCGUGUAAAUAUCAAUUUUACAAACCGAAGAAAGAUUUCUUCUUUAAUUUUUGGUAUAAGAAUCAUCUUCAUUUCUGACCAAGGAUCCACUGGAAUUAUUCAUAAAUUUUCUUAUUUAUGCACUCAAAUUGUUCAAUUAUUAUUCAAGUUUCUCAGUAGUUGAAAUAAUUUAUCAUUCUAGGUAGGAAAAUGGAAUAUUUCUUUGAACUUUGGUACAGAAAUCAUCUAUCUUACGUGUUCCAAUAAUCCAAAGAUCUUCGAUAAUUUUAGAAAUAUUAAAAAUGUUCAAAAUGGCAAAACUGCAAAUGGAAUAUCCGUUCCUCGCCUCUGUUUGAAAGUCGGCGUCACAUGGCAUCGAUUUUGCUAAUAACCGAAGUGCACAGGCAACCGUUGAACAAAUUAAGGAUCGACGAUGGCUAGAUGGUGUUCGUUUAACAGAGAUAACUUCUCCGUUACGUAUUUGGUGGCUUCGCUGCGCCGAUAUCGCGACUUUUCCCUCCACAAAAUUACUAGGACAAAUAUCAGUCAGGGCUGAAUGGUUACUUUACCAGCCAAAACCGCGCACGAUAGCAAACAAGAAACGGUCCUGCUCAAAUAUCUACUCGCGAUACAUAGGCCAGUCGGACGUAACUUGCUGUUGAUUUUUGUCAUUUGACUCGAAAUGGUCAGUCAGACUGUCUGUCCGUCGAAAUGGUUAACUGUUUCGCCUUGCAGCUACGUUCCUCUGACAUUUUCCAGAAACGAAUAAUUCUCAACAAAAACAGCUGCGCUUAUUAGUAGAUAAGCCCCAUUUAAAAAGACAAGAAAAUAUUUAAAACUAAUAUUUCUUUUGUAAAAUGGAAAUGAACAAGCUGACAUGUACUACACUGAUGAUUCAACGAAUGGUAACUACAUUUUGUUUAACAACCUUCCAAUUAUUCUAAAACAUAAUUACCAUUAUGUAGCUUAUCUUAUUUCUUCUUUUCUUCAAACAAAUUGUCGAUGAUGUUGUUCAGAUAAGUGUCGCCGAACGUCACAAUCUCGAGUAACACAUUGAUAUUGUAACACGUUGGAAACCCGGUAGACAAAUACCACGAUGUUCUUCAAAUCCGAUUAUCAUCUUCGGACUCCUGGUCGAUGAUUUUUGAUUGAUCUAUUUAAUCGGCGCUUAUUUUUCCGGCUGCACUUGGAUCAUAGAAUUUCAAGAAAAUAUCGGCAGACACCUCGUGAAACCCGUGAACCAUCGCACGAUGAACGAGCAAACAAAUCUUACGAUGAAGAAAGAGAGACCGAUGCGUGGAUCGCAAGCUCCAGGUGAUCGGAACGCGCGUACCAGCGAAGACGACUGUCGACGACUGUCGCGUGGGCGGACUGGCAAGCCUCGUGCUUUCGAGAGGAUCGACCAACCGUUGUGGAAUCGUAAAAUGGUCCCGUGCAUGGAUUGGCUGAGGAAACGUAGGAAAGGCGGCAACCAAUGUCCUCUAUCUUCGAAAAGAAUCUAACCGCCAGUGAAAUCGCUCUGACGAAGCAUGGAUCCUGGUGGCCAAUCGACGAUUUCGCCUUGGAGGUAUCGAGGGUCCGCCAUGCUGCCCCGGAGCUUUCCUAAUUUAGAGUUUAAUUAGCACCCAAGGAACAGGAGAACCGUGCACAGGCAUCGAUUGGACGGUUACCAUCGUGGCAACAGAGAGGAAAAAGACGUGGAACAGAGACGAUGAUAUGUCAGCAGUCAGUGUUCGGCUCGUCUUCGCCGACUAGUGUGAAAUAUCGCGCCCAAGUGUUACGAGCACGGCCACGCGGCCGCGGGACCGAAUAGUCUCGUCGAGAAAUAGAUUUUCCAUCCUUGUUCACAACCUUCUUUCGACGCUUUGUCUCUUCUUCCGCCCUCGACUUCUAUUCUUCUUCUUCUUUCAUCCUUGACGAUCGUUAAUUCGGAAAAUCGAACUGGAUUAUAUAGUUUCAAGGAAAGAACAGUUUCGCUUGUAUUCUAUUACCACUAAUCUUCCGUUUUCGUCUUUCAUCUUGUGUCUUCGUCAAAUCUGGCAAUAGUGACUUGAUUGAUUUAGAAAGUAGUGCUUGAUAAUAAUAAACGUUUAAGCAUAUAUACAUACAUACAUAUAUAUAUAUAUGUAUCGGAUCGAAGAAUAACUGACAUUGUACGUUUUGUCUUUUGAAAACUGAAUUGUGAAGUAAAAAAGGAAAAAGCUCGAGAGAAGUGUUUUUGGUGAACCUCUCCCGAGUCGCAGCUCGGGUCACAGAGGUCGAGGAACGAGCUCUGGGCGUCAAAGAAACGGGAAGAUGCAGCCAGCACCGGCUACACCUGGUUCUCCAACACGGUCAUCCUGUUGUGAACGAGAUCGCGAGAGGGAAGUGCACGAAGAUCGUGGAAGGGAACGGAACAGCGCUGGAAGACAAAGUCGGACGACCGCCGAGGAGGACCACGAAGAGAGAAGCAACGAGAGGACGGUGAUUUCGGGACAGAACCUUGGUACCAUGACUGUCAGCGGAAAUCAGGGAUUGCCUCUUUCUUUGUCUCUCGAGGACAGAGAUUUGUGGACCAAGUUCCAGUGUUUGACCAAUGAAAUGAUUGUUACGAAAAAUGGAAGACGCAUGUUUCCUGUAGUCAAAGUGGUUGCAAGGGGGUUGGAACCGAAAGCUAUGUACACUCUUCUUCUCGAAUUCGUUCAAGUGGAUCCACACAGAUGGAAAUACGUUAACGGAGAAUGGGUCCCAGGCGGAAAAGCGGAAGUCGCCCCACCAAAUCCGAUUUACAUCCAUCCUGAGAGUCCAAAUUUUGGAUCUCAUUGGAUGAAAGAAGCGGUAUCGUUCGCUAAAGUGAAGCUGACAAACAAAUCCAAUGGAAACGGUCAAAUUAUGCUAAACUCCCUACACAAAUAUGAACCUCGAGUUCAUCUAGUUCGUGUAGACGCGGUGGAGGAAAGAACGGUGUUGACUUACCGUUAUCCUGAGACGCAAUUCAUAGCGGUGACAGCUUACCAGAACGAAGAAGUCACAAAUUUGAAAAUUAAAUACAAUCCUUUCGCGAAAGCGUUCCUCGAUGCUAAAGAAAGACCUGCCGAUCCGCAAACCUAUCCGCAAUACACCGGCGCUUGGUUUUUGCCACAACCUACUAUGGGAUACGAAUAUAACACAGCCACGGCCAUUGCGGCCGCACAAAAUCAAGCGUCAGUGACGGUCAAUAACCAUCUCCCUAAUUCUUGUACCGUUUCUACAGCUGCCCAUAGGAAUACCUGCAGAUCGGCGCCUUACGCUCUUAGACAUAAAUACAUUCAAGAUGAACAACGCACAGAUCCAUACGGCUCAGUACAACUGUUGCAUUCCACAGCGUAUGUAGCAGCACCAGGUUGGUCACCACGCAGUCCAGAAUCCCUGCAGAACCUAAAUCCAGCUUGCCUACCGCCCACGCAGGAAUGGCCCACGUCUCCUUCACCGUCACCAACCUCAUCCUCUCACGCGGUAUUCAGUAGAGGCGUUGUUGGAACUGCGUCUCCAACCACCGCUACAGGAUGUACUCUAUAUGUACCAUCAAACUUAUCUUCUGUCCCUCAAGAGCAUAGUCAUUGCACCGAUACUUCAGCUUGGAUUCAUCCUACAACUUUGUCAGAGCAACAACAGCAGCAACAACAAUCUUACUUGAACUUAAACUUACAUUUACAUCACCAGAUGUCAUCUUAUACAUCAGUUCCUCACACAGGGUUACAUCAUUCUCUACACCCAAAUGGAACAGAUGCUGUUCCUUCUGUCGACGAGUAUGUUCACGAAUAUCAUGCCUCUCCAGUUCAAUCUACAACGCCUGAUCGUCACUCACAGCAUCACCAUUCUCAAAUGUUACACAUGCAACCAAUUCAACAAACUGGAACAGUAUCACCUGUUAGUGUCGAAUAUGAUACUCCUUCUAAGGAACAUCAUAUAUCUGUUAGUUAUUCUGAACAAAACACGGAUACGUUGAAUGAUGUACAGGCAGAUGAAAACAGGAGAUAUUUGACAACGGUGAUCGAUAGACAUCACCGGCAAGAUUCGGAUAUUGCGAAUAACGAACAUCAAGCUGCAGCGUGGACUCCACUGACACCACCGCCUGCACCACAAACUACAGCAAUUUGAUUUCUGUAUGUGAUACAAAUAAUUUUAUUUAAGAUAUGGAGUUGCUACUUGAUAAUUUCUAUACUUGUUUUAAUAGUUAGGUGACUAAGUAUGAACAAGUCGUAUUAAAUUACAGUAUCCUGUUGUAUGCAAUACGAAUGAGAUAUAUAUGAUUGAAAUUAUUAAUAGGUAUAUAGAAAUUAGAUACAAAGAGAAACAUCGAAAUAAAUAUUGCGAACACACAAAUAAAAAUAUCGGAAUAACGAGACUAAUUAAUCUGAUAGAUUGUUAAAUUAGUUACUUACUUACAUACUUUGUAAUUAUCUAAUCAAAUUUAAUGUCAAUUUCUGAAAAAUGAAUCCGUCCUAAAAUCGUGUCUUGAUGUUUUUAGAUAAUAUGUAUUAAAGAUAACAUAAUCGUUAUAAUAAAAUACAGUAAACGUAUAUAUACCAUUUUACAUACCUUCCUC